CUGAGUUUGCCACUCUGCUCCUGAAAUCAAUCCAUGGGGUAAUGGAGCCAGGAGCUAAAUUUGUGAUUGUAUAUUAAGUAACAUCUUAAGUAUGAGCUUAUUUCAGCAUUUAGAAACUGCCUCUUUCAGCUGUCCACUAACGCACGGUCCACAUCAUGUCACAUCGCAAAUUUUCAGCGCCCAGGCAUGGGCACACAGGAUUCCUUCCUCGUAAGAGAAGUUCCAGGCACAGAGGGAAAGUUAAAAGCUGGCCUAAAGAUGAUCCAAGCAAGCCUGUGCAUUUGACAGCUUUUUUGGGAUACAAAGCUGGCAUGACUCAUAUUUUGCGGGAUAUACACAGACCAGGCCAAAAGAUCUCAAAACGCGAAAUGGUGGAGGCUGUUACGAUAAUAGAUACACCUCCAGUAGUAAUCAUUGGGAUUGUUGGAUAUGUGGACACUCCCAGGGGAUUGCGGGCAUUGAAGACAAUCUUUGCGGAACACAUAAGUGAUGAAUGCAAGCGUCGUUUCUACAAGAACUGGUGCAAGAGUAAGAGGAAAGCCUUUACUAAAUACAACAAGAAAUGGCAGGAUGAGGCGGGGAAGAAACAACUGGAGAAAGAUUUUGAAGCCAUGAGGAAGUAUUGCAAAGUCAUCAGAGUCAUUGUUCAUACUCAGAUGAAGCUGCUACCUUUGCGCCAGAAGAAGGCCCAUAUGAUGGAAAUUCAACUGAAUGGUGGAACCGUUGCGGACAAAGUAGACUGGGCACACGAGAAACUGGAGAAACAAAUCUCAGUGCACUCUAUCUUCCAUCAAGAUGAAAAUAUAGAUGUCAUUGGAGUCACCAAAGGAAAGGGAUUCAAAGGUGUGACCUCCCGGUGGCACACUAAAAAACUGCCAAGGAAGACCCAUAAAGGUCUGCGAAAGGUUGCCUGCAUUGGGGCCUGGCAUCCAGCUCGAGUUGGGUACACUAUUGCCCGUGCAGGGCAGAAGGGUUUUUUCCACCGUACAGAGAUUAAUAAGAAGAUUUAUCGCCUUGGUAAAGGGAUCCAUGUGGAGGAUGGCAAAGUAGUGAAAAAUAAUGCUUCCACUAAUUACGAUCUGACUAAUAAGAGCGUUACUCCAAUGGGUGGUUUUCCACACUAUGGUGAAGUGAACAAUGACUACGUUAUGAUAAAAGGCUGUGUAAUGGGAACAAAAAAACGUGUGCUUACGCUCAGAAAGUCCCUUCUUGUCCACACAAAACGAUGUCACUUGGAAACUGUGGAGCUCAAGUUUAUUGACACAACUUCAAAGUUUGGCUAUGGGCGUUUUCAGACACCUGAAGAGAAAAGAGCUUUUAUGGGCCCACUCAAGAAAGAGCGAGUACAAGCAAAGGCCAGCAUCCCGACUGAAUCUUAAGAAGAUUGAUACGAAGCAUCACAUCUGACAAUGGAUUGGUGUAAAAGAUAAUAAUAAAGAGAAAGGCCAUGCUCAGUA